AUGCCAAGGACAAGGGCAAGUUCUGCAGCUGCUGAAUCAGUUGAACCUGAGAAGUCUGUUGAGAUUGAAGAGCAUGCUGAACUUGGCAUGGAUAAUGAGAUGGAGGAGACAGCGGAGGAAGAGGUUGAAUAUGAAGAAGUAGAGGAAGAAGUAGAAGAGGAAGAAGAGGAGGUGGAGGAAGAGGAGGUGGAGGUGGAGGUGGAGGUGGAGGAAGAGGAAGAGGAGGUGGAAGAGGAAGAGGAAGAGGAGAGUGAUGCCCAUGGAGCUGGUGCUCAAAAGGAUCCAGAUGGUGACGAAGAUAUGAAAAAUUCUGAGGGGGAAGUGGAUGCAGUAAAAAAGCAUGCUGAGCUUCUUGCACUUCCUCCUCAUGGUUCGGAGGUUUACCUCGGUGGUAUUUCUCAGGAUACUUCUGAAGAUGACCUGAGGCACUUCUGUGAAUCAACUGGGGAGGUUACAGAGGUCAGGAUAAUGAAGGGAAAGGACUCAAAUGAAAAUAAGGGAUAUGCUUUUGUAACUUUCAGGACAAAGGAAUUGGCUUCUAAGGCCAUUAAGGAGCUAAAUAAUACUGAAUUGAAGGGGAAAAGGUUAAAGUGCUCUACUUCUCAAGCAAAGCAUAAGUUGUUCAUUGGUAAUAUUCCUAAGAACUGGGGAGAGGAAGACAUCAAAAAGAUUGUGGACAAAGUAGGUCCUGGAGUUACCUCUGUGGAACUUUUGAAGGACCCACAAAAUUCAAGUAGGAAUCGUGGAUUUGUAUUCAUCGAGUACUACAAUCAUGCUUGUGCAGAGUACUCGAGGCAGAAGAUGUCGGAUUCAAAAUUUAAGCUGGAUGAUAAUGCUCCAACGGUCAGUUGGGCUGAUCCAAAAAAUGCAGAAUCUGCAUCUAAUUCCCAGGUUAAAGCUGUGUACGUGAAGAACUUGCCGAAAGACACAACUCAAGAUCAGCUUAAAGAGUUGUUUGAACAUCAUGGAAAAAUUACAAAAGUGGUUCUUCCUCCUGCAAAACCAGGGCAUGAAAAGAGUAGAUAUGGUUUUGUUCACUUUGCAGAAAGGUCCAGUGCCAUGAAGGCUCUGAAGAACACCGAGAAAUAUGAGCUAAAUGGACAAGUUCUGGAGUGCUCACUUGCAAAGCCACAGGCAGAGCAGAAGUCUUCUGGGGGACCAAAUUCACAGAAGGCACCAAUACUUCCAACUUACCCACCUCGUGUUGGAUAUGGCUUGGUUGGACCACCUCCCUAUGGUGCUAUUGGUGCAGGAUAUGCUGGCGCGAACUUUGCCCAACCACUAAUAUAUGGAAGAGGAGCUACACCGGGCAUGGCUAUGAUGCCAAUGCUUUUACCCGAUGGAAGGAUUGGAUAUGUCCUACAACAGCAGGGAGUACAGCCACAAACACCGCCACCACAACACAGAGGUGGCCGCAGUGGUGGUGGAGGAAGUUCAAGUGGUGGAAGACGUGGCAGCAGUGAUAAUGGGCGUGGACGUAGUCGUUACAACCCAUAUUAA